GCUGUCCUCUCAUCUUUUUCAGCUUUUGCAUUCUCACUGCUGCCGCUCCUUCUGCUUCCCACUCCACUCCAAUGGCGGCAGCAAUGGCGCUCCUCCCCCUCCUCCUCUUCUUCCUCCUCUGCGCCGCUCCGGCCCCUUCGCAGGCGGGGGAUCCCUUCGCCUACUUCGACUGGGAGGUAACCUACCUCACGGCGCAGCCGCUCGGCGUCCCCCAAAAGGUCAUCGCCAUCAACGGCCAGUUCCCGGGUCCGCCGCUGAACGUGACCACCAACUGGAACGUGGUCGUCAACGUCCACAACCGCCUCGACGAGCCGCUUCUCCUCACCUGGAACGGCAUCCAGCACCGGAAGAACUCGUGGCAGGACGGCGUCCCGGGCACCAACUGCCCCAUCCCCCCGAGCUGGAACUGGACCUACCGCUUCCAGGUCAAGGACCAGGUCGGCAGCUUCUUCUACUUCCCCUCCGCCGCGGCCCUCCUCCACCGCGCCGCGGGGGGGUACGGCGGCAUCGUCGUCAACAACCGCGACGUCAUCCCGAUCCCCUUCCCCUUCCCCGACGGCGGCGACCUCACCCUCCUCAUCGGCGACUGGUACGCCCGGGGCCACAAGGACCUCAGGAGAUCACUCGACGGCGGUACCCCUCUCGGCGCCCCCGACGGCGUGCUCUUCAACGGGCUCGGCCCCUUCCGUUACAACGACUCCGUCGUGCCUCCUGGAAUCACCUACGAGAGGAUCAAUGUCGAGCCCGGGAGGACCUACAGGCUAAGGGUGCACAACGUUGGAGUCUCCACCAGCCUCAAUUUCAGGAUCCAGGGACAUAACCUGCUCCUCGUCGAGACCGAGGGCUCCUACACCUCGCAGCAGAACUACAGCAACAUGGACAUCCAUGUUGGGCAGUCGUACUCCUUCCUUGUCACCAUGGACCAGAAUGCUAGCACCGAUUACUACGUUGUCGCAAGUGCUCGCUUCGUUGAUGCCAGCACCGUCGAUAAGCUCACCGGCGUCGCCGUUCUUCGUUACUCUAAUUCACAGGGCCCGGCCUCUGGUCCUCUUCCUGAUGCCCCUGAUGACCAGUAUGACACUGCUUUCUCCAUAAACCAAGCCAGAUCCAUCAGGUGGAAUGUGACUGCCAGUGGUGCUCGUCCCAAUCCGCAGGGUUCAUUCCAUUACGGUGACAUUACAGUGACUGAUGUGUACUUGCUGCAGAGUCGACCACCGGAGCUCAUCGACGGGAAGCUGCGCUCUACUAUUAAUGGGAUUUCAUACAUUACUCCGUCCACUCCCUUGAUCCUUGCACAGCUAUUUAAUGUCCCAGGGGUGUAUAAAUUGGAUUUUCCUAAUCAUCCGAUGAAUAGGCUGCCAAAAGUUGACACCUCCAUUAUAAAUGGCACCUACAAAGGCUUUAUGGAGAUCAUAUUCCAAAACAAUGCCACCACCGUGCAGAGCUACCACUUGGAUGGAUAUGCAUUCUUUGUUGUUGGGAUGGACUAUGGAUUGUGGACUGAGAACAGUCGAGGUACCUACAACAAAUGGGAUGGUGUUGCACGCUCCACAAUCCAGGUAUUCCCUGGCGCUUGGACUGCUGUGCUUGUAUUUCUGGACAACGCAGGUGUAUGGAAUCUGCGUGUGGAGAACCUGGACAGUUGGUACCUGGGGCAAGAAGUUUACAUAAGCGUAGUGAACCCAGAGGACAGCAGCGACAAGACGGUGCUUCCUCUACCAGAUAACACAAUUUUCUGUGGUGCACUCUCGAGCUUGCAGAAAGAACAGUCUCAUAGCGACGCCGUCCGCCGCCUCACCCAGUCCCAGGCCGUGCUCCUCUUCACCGCGCUCGUCACCCUUCUCUCCUGGCUCGCCUUCUGCGCCGCCGCAAGGUUCGCCGGCCGGGACCCUACCGGGAACAAGAAGCUCUUCCGCGCCCGCUUCUGGAUCAGCCGCCUCGAUUGCAUCUUCGAUAACCAGCACUGGGCGGAUGACCAGCAAGUGCUGAGGAAAAGGAAAACUGAGCUGGGUGGUAUGUGCUCAGUUGCUGCCCUCAUACUCUUCACUGGAUUAGUCACUGUACUGUUGUAUCAAGCCAUCAAAAAACGCAACAUUGAAGUGCAUCGAGUCAAACCCGCUAAUGCUCCAGACCUCCUGUCCUUUGUCAAUGAUAUUGAGUUUCACAUUACCACAAUCUCUAGCAUGUCUUGCUCCCAAGUGACCGCACCUUCUACGAUUGCAAUGGGAACACCUGGGUUUAUGGACUUCAGGGUUUUGCCUCUCCCAACACUCUUUACCUACACCUGCCAGAACACAAGCCAGGGGCCAUCUAUUUCACUCAAGUGCAGCGGCUGCAGAAUGCCUCCAAGAGACCACUAUGUAUCCUGGCAAUUUGUUGACAUACCAAGGCAACCAGCUGCUGCUGUUGGCUUCCAGUUUAACCUGACUACCAAGCAGACUGGAGAUGAGCAACAUGUGAACUUUGUCAGCGGGACUAUAAACUCUGACAAUUAUGGUGAUAAGAAGCUCAAGACAUUCAGAGGGACAGACUCCAAUGUGCUCAAGAUUCAGUUGUUUCCUCAAAUAUACAACAAACUUCAUAACUUGAAGCUCUUGCAGCCACUGCUUCAGGAUUUCACUCCAGGGUCCACGUUUUCGGAUGUUACGAGCUUCAAUGCUUCCCUGCAGAACCCAGCUGACGGAGUGAUAAAUACUACGCUCUACAUAAGUUAUCUUUCUGACUACAUCGUGGAGAUUAGCAAUGAAAGUGUCUUAGGACCAGUCAGUAUACUUGCGAGUAUUGGUGGCCUUUAUGCCUUCAGUGUAGCGAUAUUUCUCUGCUUCAUGGCUCAAUGUGAAACUAGGAUAAAGAAGCUCCGUAAUGAGGAUACAAGAAUGCUGAAAAUUCUGAGCAAACGACGUGCUCAACAGAAUUGGGAUAAGCUGAGGAAGUUCGUGAUGUAUACAUAUGGCCCUAGCAACUUGGAUCCAACUGAUAGAAGUGGUAAGUGGCCUGAAGGUUCAGUGAUGGAUUCUCUCCAUGGAUCCUUCCACAAGAAAAGAAAACCCACUAGACGAGCUGCAUCAAAUGUUAACAGAGCAAAGCGAGUUCCUACCGAGAUGGGUAUUGAUAUCGAAAGAGUCGGGGAACUGCAACAGUCUAGCAGUUCAUGAUGCGUGUAUGGAAAUGAAAAUCCUGCAGGAAGAAGUUUGUAUUAGUUGAGACUGACACGACCAUACCGGAGAUUCUUUUGUUUGUGGAUAUGAUUUUACGUCGGGACAAAAAAUUGUACAGUCAUAUGUAGGUUGUUGUAACGUGCAGCAACUUGAUUUUUCAUUGGACAGACAGUGUUCUUUUCCUUGAAUAUAGCAAUGAACGGAGCUUUUCUUUUCUUUGCAGCAA